AUGGAUCUAACAUAUUACAUUGAACGUCUACGCAUUGUGCCAUGUUUCGUCAAUAUGAACAUUAAGAAAGUACGGAGAUACGUUCUAAAAGACAUCACUGAGAAGGUUUACAAUGAUGAUAGUCACAUUCUGCAAGUGCCGCAACAGAAUCUCGUUUCAUUUGUUUACUAUUUACUGCAGCAAUUACCAGAGAGUGAAGCUAAAAAUGACAAGGUAUUGUUGAGCCAUCCAAACAACAUCAAUGCUAACUGUAUGAAGAUUAUCUUAUCCGCCAAAGCUCAAAACUUUGCCAAAGCCGAAGAACAUCUGAAACGACUGGAAGAGCUGAGAGAUGUCCACCAUCUCGUAGUUGAAGCUGAGGCAGAAAUAGCAUUUGCUUUUUCUAAAGUAGGAGUUGAAUAUCAUAUGGUAGCUAUUACAAAAUUUACUAAUGUGGUAGAGGAGCGAUCAGACCAAUAUGAAUGGAAAUACAGAUUGGCUUUUCUACUGAGGAAAUGUCAAGACCCUAAAAUGCGAAUACUCUUGCCAACUAAGCUAGAUCCCUCUGAAAACAUUGUCAGGUGUAAAUCCAUGUUUGAAGAUAUCAUAUCUAAGUGCUCUAAUGACACUCUUAAAGCCUUAUCUUUAGUCCAAAUUGCCCUCUUGUACAUGAAGCCAAAUUCUCUAAAUGUGAAUUUUAUAAAACUAGGAAUAGAUUUAAGAAAUACACAUAAAAUUGUUAAGGAAUACUUGGAUAGAGCCCUGAGCCUUGAUCAAACAAAUGUACAAAUGUUAUGCGAAACUGGUAGGAUUUUAAGAAAGAUUAAUGAAUUGGAAUCUUCAAGGAAAGUUCUAGAAGACGCCUUGCGUUUCACGAAAAAACGUGAAACGUAUCAUAACCUGGCCUUGACAAUCAAGGAUUUAGAAGGCACAACUUCCCUCGUCAUUAAAUACUUGAAGAAAGCCAGCGGAAAUGGAAUAAAUCAGAUUGCAACUAUUCAUUUAGGCGAUGCGUAUAUGCAUUUGGAACCACCGAAGUUUCAGCGAGCAUUACAAUGCUUAAAACGAAUGAAAAUAUAUGGACAAGAAUAUAACAUGAUGCAACAAAAAUAUGACAAUUUAUCAAAAUGUUAUGAAAUCAUGAUGCAUCGUGCUCUAUCAGACAUAGAUCUAACGGUAGAACUGCGUCAGAAAAUGGUGGAGAUGAACCAGAAGAGUAUAGUAUUUGGUAUUCUAUGUUGGAUAAAAUCGACCCCGAAAAACGAGUUAGUCAUGUUAAAAUCUACUGAGUUAUUCCCUGACAGAUGGAUGGAAGGCUACGACUUAAGAAAUCCAAAGGAUUCAUUUUUAAAUCAACUUCAUUAUUUUCAAGGAAAAUACAAAUAUCCAUAUCUUCAAAGAUUACAAUAUUUAGUUGAAAAUGGUUCUCUUGAUGAUAUAGAAGACGACAUCAUGUCAGACUUUAACAAUGGAAAAUAUGAAGAUUGUUUAGAAAUGACACUGUUUUUAUUAAUAACUGAUAUAUAUGGAAUUGACCAAUUUUUUUUUUCAACAAUGAUUAAGAUUUUAAAAGUUGCUGUGGAAACAAGAGAUGAAUCAUUGGCAAAUAAAUCUUUUCUGUGGCCAAUGGAAUAUCUUUACAUGGUAAAUGAUGCUGUUGGUCAUUUUAGAAUCCUUACAGAUCAUCAUAGUCUGAAAGAAGCCAAGAUGAUUGAAACCUGGUUGGAAAACCUUAGCAUGAUUGUUGUUAGAAACGAUGAAGACAUUUCGCCGUUUGCAGACAGGCAAGAAGCUUUGAUAGAAUCCUUCAAAGGAAAUGUAGCAGUGUUAUGUAUUAUCAAGGGCAAUAACUCCACUCUUUCAAACGAUUAUCCAAUUAACAUGCUUCCUGCUGAUGAACCACACCUGUUACUGAUUGUAGCGGAUGCCAGCACAUUGCCUAAGGAACUCUCACAUCACCAUACCUUAAAACUACCACCAAAGGACAAUGACCAGACAAAAGCGGCGUGGUUAACUGAUCUAGCAGAAAUUAUAUUCCGUUGCGAAUAA